GUCAGAGGCGGGCGCCGCACUUGAAGCGGGCGCGGGAGGCCGCCGCUGCGGCGCUGGCAUGGAGUUGAUGCGGGAAGCGCGGGAGCUGGGCUGCUGGGCGACGGAGGAGAUGGGGGCGCCCGUCGCAGCCCGCGCCCCGGAGUCGACGCUGCGCAGACUGUGUCUGGGCCAGGGGGCCGACAUCUGGGCCUACGUCUUACGGCAUGUGCACAGCCAGAGGAGUGUCAAGAAGAUCCGGGGAAACCUACUGUGGUAUGGCCACCAGGACAGUCCAGAGGCCCGUCGGAAGCUGGAGCUGGAAGCCACUGUUGCUCGCCUGCGGGCAGAGAUCCAGGAGUUAGACCAGAGCCUGGAGCUAGUGGAGCAAGAGACCGAGGCUCAGGACAUGGCCAUGGAGCAGACCCUGCAGAGCAUUCAAGACACCCAGCGUCGUGCUCUCCUCCUCCGGGCCCAAGCUGGGGCCAUGCGAAGACAGCAGCAGGGGCUCCAAGAUCCCAUGCAGCGGCUACAGAAUCAGCUGAGGCGUCUGCAGGACAUAGAGAGGAAGGCCAAAGUAGACAUAACCUUUGGACCCUUGACAUCAGCAUCCCUGGGCCUGGAACCUGUGGUCCUGGGUGAUGUCCGAACAGCCUGCACCCUCCGGACCCAGUUCUUACAGAAACUCCUAACUCCUCAGGCCAAGGGAGGCAGCAUCCCAACCCCUCGAGAUGACCAGUUUGGAGCUUCCUACCAGCAGUGGCUAAGCUCAGUAGAGACACUGCUGACAAACCACCCUCCGGGCCACGUCCUGGCCUCCUUGGAGCACCUGGCUGCAGAGCGGGAGGCAGAGAUUCGGUCCCUGUGCAGUUCGGAUGGGCUCCAAGAAACGGAGAUAGCCAGGUCCCAGGCACCAGACCAGUCAGACUCCAGCCAGGCACUGCCUUCCAUGGUGCAUCUCAUCCAGGAUAGCUGGCGGGCCGUGGGUACGCUGGUUGCCCAGCGGGGCCCCCUUCUGAAGGAGCGUCAGAUCCUGACUCGGCGCCUCCAAGGCCUGAUGGAGGAGGUGAACAGAUAUACCCUGGGAUCCAGCGAGAGGCAGGCGCUGCUGCUGGGGCUCUGGGGCUGUGGCCUGCGGGCAGAGCUCAAGGCCCUGCGUGCCCAGAACCAGGAGCUGGAGGAGGUGGCUGGGCGGCGGCAGCUUCUGCUACAGGAGUUACAGGCCAAACAGCAACGGAUCCUGCACUGGCGCCAGCUGGUGCGGCUCGUGGUUGCCCAGGAGGAGACACAGGAACACAUCCGCCUGCUCAUCAAGAGCAACUCAGCCAGCAAGACCCGCCUGUGCCGGAGCCCUGCGGAGGUGCUAGCUCUGGUGCAGCGAAAAGUGCUCCCCACAUCUGAGGCGGUGGCACCACAGAGCCAGGAGCUGCUGCGCUGUCUGGAGGAGGAAGCCCGGCAUCUGCCCCACCUUCUGUUGGGCACCCUGCUUCGGCAUAGUCCUGAAGGAUUGCAGCCCCUGCCCAUGGUCCUGCCAUCCAUCCACCAGCUGCAUCCUGCGUCCCCGAGGGGCUCCAGCCUCAUAGUGCUGAGCCACACGCUGGGGCUGCCUUCAGGGAAGGCUCCGGAACUGCUCCUCCCAAAGGCCGCCUCUCUUCGCCAGGACCUUCUGUUCCUCCAGGACCAGCAGAGUUUCCGGUGCUGGGAUCUGCUCCGAGUAAAAACCAGCCUGCCACCAGGACCAUCCACCCAGGAGCUGCUGCAGAUCCGGGCAUCCUGGGAAAAGGAGCAGAAAGACAAUCUGGGGCAGGCUCUGAAGCAGCUGGAAAACCUGCUGAAACAAGCACUGGAGCGAAUUCCCAAGCUACAGGGGGUUGUGGAGGACUGGUGGGAGCAGCCAGGCCAGGCCGCCCUGUCUGGGGAGCUCUGCCAGGGUCUGUCCCUGCCCCAGUGGCGACUGCGCUGGGCCCAGGCCCAAGGCGCCCUGCAACAGCUGUGCAGAUGAAAAGGGGCCUCAACAGAAGUCCAGAGCUUCAUAUUCACCCCUCCAGAAGACCUUUGGAAGAGAGAGAGCCUCACCAGGAUGUGUCAGCUCGUUGUCUCCCUCAUAUGCUCACAGCCUAUUGUGUUCCUCUCAACUGCCUUGCACCUGUCCUUUAUUCAUCAGAGCCAAGAGAUGGGGUAGUCUGGACCCGCCCUAGGUCCCCCUGAAACUGCCCACAUCACUUCGACCUUCAGCAAAAAGUCAUUGAGCUUGUGCUCUAAACACUGAGGAUCUGACACUGAACAAAAUGGACGCAAGUUCCAUCCUUCAGAGGUGAUUCUAGGACAGGAAAGUAGACCUCUCAAGUUAAGUGAGCAAAAUAGUGUGUUGGAAGAUAACAGCUCUGGAGAAAAAGCAGGCUAUACGAGGUGUGACCUUAGGGAGAGGGCUGCACACACUCUGUAAAGGUAACGAGAGGGAAGCACAUGGGUAUGUGAGGAGGGCUUGUCGGGGGCUGGGGUGGGAAGGAGGCAAGAGCGCAGGCAACCACCCUGAGCUCAAAGUGCUGGUGUAAAGAUCAAGGACAUGGGGGCAUUGAGGAUUUGUCUUCUAGUUUUUACGUAGUUCCUUUUUUUUUACAUUUAAAUCUCUGAAGUCAUUUGGAAUUUAUCCAAAUGGAUCCAAUUUUGUGUCUUAUUUUACAUAUAGCCCAUUAGCAUUUAAAAUUCUCAGAGCAGUGGUUCCCUCUGAAAGAGAGGUAGAUAGUAGGGAUCAACCAAGGGAGGAGGCAAGGGAACUUUCUAGAGUUGGAAAUGGAUUAUUUGUUGAAGGUAGUAGAGGUGGGUGUCAGAACUCAUCUAGCUAUACUCUUUAGGUCUGUGCAUUUUACCAUGAAUUAUUAUUCUUCAACUUAUAAAGUAAAACUUUACCCACCUAUAUAUAAAGUAAAACUUCAGGUGAUUUAAGAUGCCACCUCUUCAUAUGCUAAAUUUCCACAAUUAGGCUAUAUCUGGAUUCUCUCCAAGCCUAUUGUCUGUCUGACUCUUGUGUGCCAUCUCCACAGUGUUAAUUAUAAAGGUUUUGUCGUGUUUUAUUACCUGAAAUGGCUGGUUGCUUCUUACUCUAAUUUUUCAAGGUUUCCCUGUCUCUUCUUGCUAAUUUUUUCUCCCAGAUGAAAUGAACUUUAUACUAAACUUGCAUGGUUCCAGAAAAAAUACAAACAUGGAUGAGAGUUUUACUGGGGUUGCAAUAAAUUUACAAAUGAGGGAGAUUUGA